AUGGAGGUCGAGCGGGAGCCCCUCCGCGUGGCGGCAGCGGAGGACAUGGCUCUGGCGCGUGAUGCGGCCGAGCGCGGCUCCUACGCCGAGGCCGUGCGGAUCCUCGACGCCCACCGGGAGUCGAUGGCCCGGUCAGCGCCGGCACUGUCCGGCGACGCGACGUGCGGGGCGCUGGCGGUCGAGCUGCACGAGCUAAGCCUGCGCGUGUCGGACGAACGGGAGUACCAGCUGACGGGCCGCGCGUGCUUCCUCGCCGGCAUGAGCUCGCACGCCCAGCAGCGCGGCUUGUCGGUGCGGCUCGCAUGUCCUUUGUCGUCGGGGCUUCAGUUUGGAUGUGCGGGAUCGGCAAUGUUCGUGACUCCGGCCAUGCGGAAGAUGGAGAAGCUGUCGGAGAUGUCGCGUGCGCAGCAUGCGCUGGAGUAUGGAAGAAGCAAGGCCGCCGCCGUCCCUCUCCCUCCUCGUUCUCACCUCGAAGCAAGGUUGCCGUCGGCUGUCCCUCAUCUUGGCGUGUUUCAGAGAAAACGCCUUCCUGUGCCACUCAAGCGCUUAGCAAAUGCUACUAGUUUUAGUUUGGUUCGUCGCUCCGUGUUCUGUCCUUUCUCAGAGGACAUGAAUGAAGACGAGGAGUUCGAUCAGAAGCACAGUAGUCAGAUGGAAUGA